AUGACCAUGACGGCCCCAUUCAACUUCAGCAGCUUCAGUCCAGGCCCAUUUAUCCUGCUGGGAGUCCCAGGGCUGGAGCAGUUCCACAUCUGGAUUGGCAUUCCUUUCUUUAUUAUCUGCCUUGUGGCUCUUGCAGGCAAUAGUGUCCUUCUCCUCCUAAUUUCCAUGGAGCGCAGCCUGCAUCAGCCCAUGUUCUUCUUCCUCUCCAUGCUGGCAGCUACAGAUCUCAUCUUGUCUAAUACAUGUGUGCCCAAAACAUUCAGCAUCUUCUGGCUGGGUCCUCAGGAAAUCACCUUUUCUGGAUGUCUUAUCCAGAUGUUCUUUCUCCACUACAGCUUUGCCAUGGACUCUGCCAUUCUGCUGGCCAUGGCAUUUGAUCGCUAUGUUGCCAUUUGCUUCCCCCUAAGAUACACCACUAUUCUCACUCGUCAGAUUAUUACUAAGAUUGUGAUGGGUAUUAUCAGCAGAAGCUUUUGUAUCAUCUUCCCAUGUGUGUUCCUAUUAAAGCGACUGCCUUUCUGCCGAACACACAUCAUUCCCCACACAUACUGUGAACACAUAGGCAUUGCCCGGCUUGCCUGUGCAGACAUCUCCGUCAAUAUUUGGUAUGGCUUUGCUGUGCCUGUAAUGACUGUCAUGUCAGACCUGAUCCUCACUGGAGUCUCCUACACUCUCAUCCUCUGUACUAUCUUUAACCUUCCAUCCAGGGAUGCUCGCCAGAAAGCCCUCAGCACAUGUGGUUCCCAUGUUUGCGUCAGUCUUAUAUUCUACACACCAGCCAUAUUCUCUGUCCUGACCCACCGUUUUGGUCACAAUAUUCCUCGAUCUUUUCACAUACUGUUUGCCAACCUCUAUGUAGCCAUUCCUCCUGCACUCAAUCCAAUCAUCUAUGGGGUGAAGACCAAACAGAUACAGGACAAAAUCAUCCUUCUUUUCUUCCCUAAAGAGAACAAGUGA